AACAUGGAUUCGGCCACCGGUUCCGGCCUGAUGGAGGAGUACGACCUCAUGAAGCAACCGAAGUACCGCGUGUACAUCUCGAACAUCGACAAAGCGCUCAAAAACUUCGAAUACUCGAGCGAGUGGGCCGACCUCAUCUCAGCCCUCGGUAAGCUCAACAAGGUGAUCUCCUCAAACGCGCAGUACCAAAUCAUCCCGCGGCGCAUCAAAAUCUCGAAACGUCUCGCACAGUGCAUGCAUCCGGCCUUACCCUCGGGCGUGCAUCUGAAAGCCCUCGAGUCGUACGAUGUCAUCUUCAGCAACAUCGGUGUGGAGCGGCUCGCGUCGGAGUUGUUCAUCUACAGCGCCGGGUUGUUCCCGUUGUUGGGCUACUCCGCCAUGAACGUGCGGCCUACGCUGUUGUCGAUAUAUGAGAAGUACUUUGUGCCGUUGGGUGAGAAACUGCGGCCCGCUUUGAGUGGGUUUUUGAGUGGCGUGUUUCCCGGUCUGGAAGCUGGACAGGAUCAUUUCGAGCGCACGAAUCAGCUGCUGGAUAAGGUGUGCAUUGCGGUGCAGCUGGAGUGCUUCUACACCUGCCUGUGGGAGUGUAUCGUGACGAACGCUUCGGUUAGGUUACCGGCCGUUACGUACGUGCUGGAGCACUACGACAAGAAGGUUCCUUGUGCGACUCAACGUGAACUGCUCGGAAGCAGUGCUGAGUUGAUGGUGAACGGGUUGUGCAGCUGCCUGAAUGAUGGCGUUAUCCUUGUCCAGCGAAACACGCUCGAGUUCCUGCUGCUUGCGUUUCCAAUGCAUGAUCCACUGCUUUCGGAAGCGUACACAACGCGGUUGGUUAAGACGGCACUCAACACCAUCCUGCGGCGUGAUAUGUCGCUAAAUAGGAGGCUUUACUCGUGGUUGCUUGGAGCCGACACAAGCAUGGGCAAACACCUGCAAGGACCGGCAACGGCUGGUGUGAUUGCUGGCGCUGGAUCACCUGAACCGUACGACCCGAACACCUACUUCGAGCGAUUCGCGAAAAGGCGAUUAAUUGCCGCCUUCAAGAUGGUGUUGAAGGAAAGCAUCACCCACACACCGGUUGAUUUGAGUCCUUAUCGGAUUCUAAUUUCGUUGCUCGAUAAAGCCGAAAUUGGUCUGCGCAUUCUCGACGACGUGCUGUGUGACGUGAUACGGGCGAUUUCCCUGUGCAACGGUAAUCUUGACGUACAGAAGUCCGCUAACUUGCUGUUCUCGACGUUCGAUCCCGCGUACAUCUGGAACUAUAUGUCGCGGUUGUAUCGUGAGGCUGCUGUACGGACGGAAUGUCGUGCGAGUGAUACGGAACCGAUACGGAUUGAUUCUGGGCCGGUUAGUACGGUGGAGGUGUGCCACCUGACGGAGUUCCUGCUUGAGACGCUCUCGCUGGAGAUGUACAACGAGACGACGCGUGUACACCUGCCAAAGUUCCUGCUGUCGCUGAUCUGCAUGCUGACGACGUACGAAAGCAACAUGCACUCGGUGGAGGUCGCGGCGUCGUUGAGGUUAUGCGUGAAGAUCGUCUCGAAGAUCCAACCGAUGAUCAUGUCGGAGAAGGUGCUUGAUCUGUCGCUGAAUAGGAGUGCGAGUGCGACACCGCAGCAGCAGUACGCCGGCGGUGGGUUGCAGGGUGAUAGCGCGAAGGAUAGCGUCAAUUUGGAGAAGAGUAGUAGCGAUUCGAAAAUACACGAAUCUUCUUUGCUCGUGCAGGAGAAUGGUACGUUUCAGCGGUCGAGCUCUAGCCAAGGGUUGCACAAGAAGGCGAAGGGUGGAACGCCAGGAACGGCAGGAUCCACUUCCGGUGGCGGGAAGUACAACAAAAAGAACAAAAAGUCUAAAUCCUACACGAAGCUGAGUGAGCUGAACUCGAGCCGCGAGGGUUCGGUGAAGGGCAGCAAGCAGAAGAUCAACCGUGCGGAGUCGGCGAUGAACAUGACUGGCGCAAGCUCGACUCCGAACCUUGAGAAUGGCGCCGUUGUUAAUGGGAACGAGUCUGGGGAGGGUGCUGAUGAGGAGUCGAUCGAGGGUCGGAAGAGGUUUAGCUGCAGCAGUAGUAGCAGCAGCAGUAGCAGUAGUAACAGUGGCUACACCAGCAGCACAACUGAUAGCAGUCGUAGUCGCAGCAGUACUGGGAGUGUCGCUGAAGAAGCAGGUGUUGCAGCGAGAGGGAUCAUUAUUCAGGUGGAAGCGUCGGAAAGUGAUGGUGGAAGAGGACCUACGGGAUCUGCCAUUGCACAGCUACCUGAUUGUCCUAUUCUGGAUCGUUGCAUCCGGCAGUACGUGUCGUUUUUUGAGCUGUACGUUUGCCGGAAGUUGCUGUCUGGUUCUGGUGGGGAAUCGUGUGGUGAACAAGUGACCUCAGCUCAACGCAAUGUUGGACCUAAGGGUGGUGACCAACAGGCAGGUGUACCAUUAUCCAGUGAUCAUGACUUGGUGGUGAUCAACAAGCUGGCGCGUGAGUUGGAAGCGGUCUUCGAAACGCUCACCACAAGCUCUCAGUCAUCGAGGGCUAAGCUAACGGCGAUGUUGGCUCAAUCCGUCGAAGGAUCUUCAUCAACACCCUCGAUGAAGGGCUCGAACCGGGAACACAACCGCCGACAAGAGUACGAGAUAGCGCAGCUUGUGAGGUGCAACGAAAAGGUGUCCCGUUUGUCGCGAACUCCCGUUUGUGAUGCGCUUAAGAACGCGCUCAAGCUCGCGUGUAACGUCCUCACGGAGAUGUCCUCGUUUCCGAGUUAUCGCAAUGAAGCAGGAGGUGCUGAGCGACUCGAUGACGUGCCGGGUUGGUUGAAGGCCCUGACCGUGUUGGCGAUCUUCGUGAGUGAUCUGGACACGCAACUAUCGGCGGCUCAAACUCUGAUCGACAUGAUUGGGUUGUUGCGCACGAACGGCAAGAAGUCCUCGAAGGAAUCCCCGGGUAAUGGCAAAACGAUCGUGCUUAUGAUGCCGCUGUUGAAGAUGUCACACGUCCACUGUCUGGAGAGGCGCACGAAGGUGUUUCAGGUGUUGACGACGAUGUUGUGGGAUUAUUUGGACGCGGCAAGGCCAGAAGCGCGCACAAUUAGUCAGCUGUUGUAUCGCAUCCACAACUGUCUGGAUAGUCGGUUCACGGAGCAUGUCAUCAUCGAUCGCAUACUGGUGCCUCAGGCGAUGUUUGAAGAUGAAGAAACCGCGAAUGGGCAUUAUCGGGGGAUUCUGGAGCGAACGGUUGGACGACGGAGUAAGGAACCAUCGCCGCUGCACGCGCUGUGGAACAUUCCGGUGUUGGCGAAGACGGAGCUGAGGAUCGAUUCGGAGGGUUUCCGCAAGUUUCAGUUGUUGUGGAAGCUCGGUCGUGACACUUACCACGGGAAUGAGUUCGAGAAGCUGCUGUUUAUGGUGUUGGAUUCGCUGACGCUGCCCAGGAACGUGUCGAUUCAGGUGAAAACCUCCAACUGGCUUCGGGAGGUGCUCGUGCGUGGUGAUAUAGGGCGCAUUCUGAAGCUUCUGUUGAAGACGUUGUUGAAUGAGAGCACGAAGCGUAUGAGCAUUUUCUGCCCUAAGCGUCUGAGAGCUAUAGGAGUGGGCAUGGAACAGGACGAUGGCACGGUGAAUGGGACUGGUGGUUCAGUUAGUGAAUGGGAGAAGGAACUCCUGGCAGAUGCGGAUGUGCAGUUGAAUCAGGCAUGCUUCGCCGUAAGCUCUGAAGAUGGCCAAAUCCGAUACCACAUGGAUCCAGCUGCUGGGUUGGGGAAAAAGCGCAGCCCAAUCCGAUCGAUCCAGAAGAAGAUCUUUGGCGUCUCGAUCGGAGGAAGCGGAAGUUCAGGCUCGAAAGGUGGUGAUGCUGGUCGCAUCGGAACAACCGGAAGCGGUGGUCAACUAAUCGUCUCGAACUACGUCACGAACGAAAGUGUCGGUAAAAAGAACUCCACCGGUGGUGCGUCAACGUCAGAUCAAGGUGACGAUGGUGGUCAGUACGGUAAAAUCUCGGUGAUCAUAAAUCCCCUCGAAUCGGAACAGAUGAGCGCCUCGGCGAAAGCUUUCGGCAUGCGAAAUCGUUCCAACUCAAUGGGAUUGCUGGCUGGGGCUGCGGGCGACCCAGACAGUGGCAUAUCGGAACCGAACUCACUCGCAACACCCGGAAGUGCUGCAACACCACUGGGAAAGAAGGAAUUCCACCGGUCAACGUCGGAUUUAGACGAUACGAAUGAUAGUGAGGUAGAUUUUCAGCACCACGGCAGUGGUCGGGGAAAGCAACGCAAUAGUCGGCUGCGAGGAUCGGAAGGAUACGUGGACAAUGAACCGAUCAAGCGGUACGUCGAGGAUGGCCCGAUAGUGGACUUUAUCAGUAAAUCGAGUGAUCGCUUUCGCAACCGUAAAACAUAUCUCAUCUCAUCGGGCAACCUGUCUGGGGUCGGUGAUGAAUCGCUCCUGUCUGGGUCUUCUUAUACACUCACGAAUGGGCUGACGCCAUCGCUGACUGGUACGAUGACGACGGAUGAGAUUUUAAACGAUGAUGGCAGCAUCACGAUGACGGCUACCACCACAACUAGUGGUGAGUGUGGUUCGAGCACGAUGGAUGAUAAAUCUGACCUUCCCAAGGUCACGUUCACGCGCAUCAAGAGCUGGCGGAAUGGGAACAAGCUGUACCCGUUCCAUACGCACUUCCUCGUGUACGAGUCGGUGUUUAAUACGAAGCAGGUGUUGUACACGAUCGAAACGCUGCGGAAUAUCCUUACGAAUGAUGCACGGUUUUUCCUGUGCCUGUCGGUGACCACGUCCGUGUCCAGUGGGCAAAUUAAAUCGCUGUUGCUGCGGCACAGGCGAAACAUCUUUGGGAAAGGUUUUACUGAGGCUCGGGAUGAUUCGGAGCAUCAGAAUUUGUACCGUGGCAGUAUGUACCUGGAGGUGAUUCUGACGAUCUUGCUGUACUACAUGCGCAGCUACCAAAGUGACCAGGGUCGUGAUGGAAAGGGCAGGCAACCUUCGCGGGAUGAUUUCAACACGAACGCGAAGAUUCAGCUCGAGUGUAUCGAGCUGAUGACGACGAUCUUCAGCGAGCUGUUAGCGGUGGUGCGAGAUGUCGGCAAAAACCUCGCAAACUACGUCGCGGAUCAGCUGGACAAGUGUAAGGUGCAGAAAAUCGUUCUCUACUGUCUGGCGUCGUCGGUGAACUAUUUCGCGAGUCCCGGCGCGUACACGUGCCCCGCGGAUGAGGUCCUGCGAUAUAGCGACCCUGAGAGUACCCGCCAGAAUGCGGAGGCAUAUCAAAUCGAACUGUUGCGGUUGUUGCUGGCUUUGUUGAAGCUCGAGCACGAGAUCACGCUGCAGCGUGCUGAUGGAGCUGAGACCGCCUCGGUGGCAGGAGCAUCCUCAACAACGUCCGCAGGAGGAUCGUCAGGAUCUUCAGGUGGUAAAAGUGGUGCUGCGGGACUACCAAGUAGUGCUUCCCCGACAAAGGUUGCACCGGAAACGAAGCGAAUGUACCGGUACUCCCCGAAUCAACUGCUCGCUCAACAACCGAUGUUCCUCUCGACGGUUCUCUCGGCGCUGGCGUGUGAUCGGCUUCAGCACGUGCACAAGAACUGGACGGACAUGAUCACGGCUUGUCUGACGUGUUUGCCACCUGGUAACCUUACCAACAUCGUGAUCAGUGUCAUCCAUCAGCUGUGUAACAAUCUGGAUCGUGUGACGAGACGGGAUCGUAUUCUCGUGCAGUCGAUCGAUUACAUCGUAUCGCAGCUGGAAGCGAUCACUGUGCUGGCACACUAUUGUCUGCUGGAUAGCUCACAGCAGAUCUCGUUGGCUAGCAUGUUUAACGCCUCCACAGGGAAUGGUUUGGUAGCGUCAGCAGCUGCAGCAGCCGCAAAUCAAUCGGGGCAGAUCAUCAACAACAUCGUGAACGUGUUCCUCUCCUACUCGUCAUCCCUGUUAACGGGUGGCAUCAAUCAGCAGGUGAAAAAGAACCACCAGGAGGUAGCGAAAGCCGCCAUCCUUAGCCACCUGCCAAGGAUCAUCAUCACAAUCGCGACACUGUGGGAGACGAGCAUCAGCGAGUUCCGGCGAGGCAAACAUCAACUGCUGGAAUUUCUGAGCCCAAUCUCGAUGCACUAUGGGACGAACUUUUUAACCGCCAUUGCCGUCGCUUGGUACGAGCGAAGUGGCGCAGAUUCGGCCACUUCCGGCCGAGCCUCAGCGUCGGGUGAUGCUGGCAGUGAGGCGCAAGAUAUUGAUUUUUUCGACAUCAUGACGAAAGCGCUGCCACAAGCGAGUGACAACCAGCUGCUGUUGGUGAAGUUGAUCACAGGCAUCCGGAUCAUGUCGGUGGAUUCGUUCAUUCAGACGAUGCAUCAGGUGAUCAAGAAUCCGCCACCGAUCUAUCAGCCACCGUGUGGGCUUAAUUUGGAGGUGAGCUCGCUGGAGCUGCUGUACUUCUUCCUUAUAUCGGGUGUUUCACCGGCGCAGUACACCGAUUGCUGGAGCUCGUUGUAUGCGUUGCUGAAGGACUGUCUGGCGCUGCAGAUAACGGCUCAGUUUGUGGCUCUCUCGAUAUUGAAUGAGUUCGUGCAACGUUGCCCCACGAUGCCGUUCUCGGACAAGAAGGAUUUGCGUGAUCUGCAUGACGUUACGUCGCGCCUGGUGGAGGCCGUUUCGAAUGUGGCUGGGUCGUGCCUUGAGCAAACGACCUGGUUGCGGCGUAAUUUGUCUGUGAAGGAGGAGUUCAGCUCGAUCGAGAGUACGGGCAAGGAUGGGUUGUUGAUGCCUUCGAGUCAGCAUUAUUCGAUACAGGCUCAGUCGAUCCUGGCGUCGAUUCUGGCGUCGCUGUUGGAUGUGGCGUUCAGCUCGCAGGAGAAGGACAAGGUGACGACGAUCGUUACCGGCGUUAUGUACAACAUCGUGCCUUAUCUCAAAACGCACACGGUGAAGAAUAUUCCCACGUUUCACGCCUGCUCGAAUCUGCUGGCCAGUUUGAGCACGUAUCAGUAUAUUCGCAAAGCCUGGCGCAAGGACGCUCUCGAUCUGCUGCUGGAUUCGGCCUUUUUUCAAAUGGACAGCCGUUGCUUGCCGUACUGGAAGACUAUUCUUGAUAGUUUGAUGACCUGUGAUAACACUACCUUUAGGGAUUUAAUGAAUCGUUUACCAUUAGCGCAAACGGGAACGCUAAACAUAUUUACGUCCAAGGAGCAGGAAUACGAACAGCGCGCCCUGCUGCUGAAGCGGUUGGCGUUCGUAAUAUUUUGCAGCGAAGUCGAUCAGUACCAUAAAUAUAUGCCGGAAAUUCAAGAACAACUUGCCAACAGCUUGCGCCUGCCACAGGUCGUACCAUUAAUCCAAUCGGCAGUGUUCCUAUGCUUCCGCGUGCUGCUGCUACGAAUGUCGGCGGAUCAUGUGACCAGCUUGUGGCCGAUCAUCAUUGCCGAGAUGGUGCAGGUGUUCAUAUCGAUCGAGCAGGAGCUGAUGACCGACACGGAAGAGUUUAGGUCCCAAUCGAGCCAACAUAUUCGCAUGCUUUCGGGUUUGGAUACGGCCUGGGUGACAAACACAAGCAACGGAUUGUAUUCCUACGGACAUCCGCAUUGGCGAAUGGUGCAGCUAGAGACGGCCAAAUUGUUGGAAUUAGGGUGCGUUCUACCGGCCACCAUUUUGCCGCACUUCCAGAUGUACCGGUGGGCGUUCGUGAGCAGCCAGAACGAAAACCUUCACAAAUCGUGUGGAUUCGAUGAGAAGAAAAUGGCGUUCAUACCACACGUCUCUAGAAUAUCUCAAUUAAUGGAUCUACGCUACACAUCGCAUUCACCGAAAACGCAAACGACAAAAGGCAGCCACAUAAUGCUGACGAGCCAAGCGAUAAACACGCUGCAGGACUUGUACGGAUUUUUCUCGACCCUCUCAAUGCGCUGGCCAUCGCACAUAUCAUACACCGACACCGAGAAGGACACCAAGCAAUGCCUGGAGGAGGUGGAGUACGUUUUGGCGCUUGACUUUCUGGAAAAAAUCCCCUCCGCCAAGUAGUAAUGGCAGCGAUAUUGAAGCUAACUCGUGAGUCUGUCAUGGAGAUAUCGAAGCCUAUCCAGAGAGGCUGCGAGUAUACGAUGCGUGAUUGAUUUCAGUAUUUUUUUGCGAAUUCUGAUGAACUGAAAAACAGCUAAUUUUAGGUUGGCUUUUCUCGUCAGUUCAUCCUUUUCUCCUUGCCGUGGGCAACAAUUGUUGCAGAAGUUGCCACCCGCAAAGUGCAUACAGCAUUCCUCAUGAUGCGGUUGCGGGAGUAGAUUAAAAAUGUCCUGUUGUACGAUCGACGCGUGUGGAGCAAUGGAUUGUGGGAAUGUGUUUUAAAUUGAACGACUGAGCCGACGUUUGGCUAACAGAUUUAGUCCCAUGAGCCGUGUCUGGUGUGUGUGUGUACGGCUGUGUGCGUGUGUUAUUGUGAUUUAUGAUUCAUAACUAUUAUGUGCAUCGAUUUAUCAGUGGUCGAAAAAAAAACGAAAAAAAAUAAGAAAAUAGAC